AUGGAGAAAGAAAAGAAAGAUGCUGAAGAAACCGCUGAAGCUUUAAAGGAUAAAGGUAAAGGUGUCGUAGUUGACAAGGAAGAGAUUUUUGGUUCAUCGAGUCAACAAGUACAACAACCAGAUGCUGAAAAUGUUGAAGCUAAUGUUGCAGAGGUUGAAGCUAAUGUUGAAGAUGUUGAGGUUAAAAUUACAGAUGUUGAAGUUUUUAAUGCUGAUGUUAAUGUUGAAGUCAAUGUUGCAGAGGUUGAAGUUAAUGAAGAAAAUGCUCUAGUCCUCGCUCAGUUGUUUACUCUAGUUGGUGAACCAAAGACGGUAUCUUACAGCAGGGAAGAUAAUAUGAGAAGAAUAGAAGUUGAAAGGCAUCGACUAAGAGCUAAGCCAAGAAAGUAUGAGAUGGUUGAUGAAGAUGAUGAUGAUGAUGAUGAAGAGUUAAAAGAAUGGUUUGGUGAAGUUGAUGAUUAUCAUUAUGAUGGUAAAGAUGAUGAUAAUGAUGAUGAUGAUCAGGGUGGUAAUGGUGGUGCAAUGAUUGUAAGACGACCUGGUGGCAAUCAAGUUAAUGAUUAUCUUGAUGAUACUCAGAACGAGGAAAGAUAG